CCCCAAAAGUAUGUUUAUUGGCUUUUUGUUCAUUUUUGAAUAAACAGAAUCGUCCUUCCAUCCUCAAGAACGGGAAUAAUAUAAAAUAGAUACACAACUACAAAUAUAUUUAUAGAAAAUAACAGAUCAUCCAGGUCUCCCUCCUUAUUCACAACCAUGUUACUGCUGCUGUGAUACAAAUUACAAGUGUUUUCACUUCACUCUUUUAAUUUCUAUUCUAUUCUAUUCUGUCCACGCUUGUCAAAAACCUCGGUGUGAUAUUUGAUUUGCCUUUAAGUUUAAGAAUCAAGUUAAUGCUGUUGACAAAGUUCAUCCGUUAAUCUCUGUCAAAGAUCUCGAGAAGGUGAUCCACACCUUUACGUCCUCCUGCUUGGACUACUGCAGCUCCCUGCGUACUGGGAUACUGGGAUUAGUCAGUCGUCCCUGUCCCGCUUGCAACUGGUCCAGAACGCUGCAGCCAGGUUGACCUGUGACUGAGGCCCCUCCCACCUCUUCCUCUGAUGUCAGAGCUGUAAGGUGUGUGUGUGUGUGUGUGUGUGUGUGUGUGUGUGUGUGUGCGAGCAUGAGCUUAUUUAAAGGGCUGACUCUCUCUCGCUGGGCGAUCGACACCAGCUCAGCAUCACCAGCUUACCGCCUGCUGCUUCCAGGGAAUAAACUCUCAACAGUUUUCCAGAGAGACGUCUGCUGAAGAGAAACAGUGCAGAAAUGUUUCAGCUGUCCGUCCUGCUGCCUGUGACAGGCCUUUUCUUUCUGCUCUCCUCAACGUUCGGCUCAGAAUCCAGCGUGCCCUACCCGGUGACCUGCGGGACCCGUGGAGCCGACCUGAUGGAGGACGGCGUGGUGGUGUUAUGUCCUCCGGACUGCACCCAGUGGAGGGUGUCGGUGUUCGGGACGGGUGUCUACGCCUCCGUCUCCUCCGUCUGUGGAGCCGCUUUGCACAGGGGGCUUGUUGGACCUUCCGGCGGCUCCGUCAGGGUCAACAGGCUGCAGGGUCGACACAACUACAUGAGCUCCUACGCCAAUGGCAUCCAAUCACAGGCCUUGUCCCACUGGACCGCCUCCUUCAGCCUCACCAAACCAGUUAAUGUUCCACUGGAGUUGACUGGUGAGAUCAGCACCACAGCUCUGCCUGCAGCUGCACAACCAGCAAAGAAACCACUGAAGAAGCCGUCAGUGAAGAAAGCUCUGACAGGAGGAAAUAAAGACUGUCAGAUGGACAUCGCCAUGGUGAUCGACAGCAGUAACAACAUCGGGCAGCGACGCUUCAACCUGCAGAAGAACUUUGUUGCCAAACUGACGGCAAUGUUGAGAGUCGGACCAACAGGACCGCAUAUAGGCCUGGUGCAGUCCAGUGAUUCUCCCAGAACAGAGUUCUUACUGACCAACUACACGCAGCCUAAAGAGCUGCUGUUUGCCAUCAAGGAGCUGGCGUUCCUGGGAGGAAACACCAACACAGGUAAGGCCAUCAUGCACACGGCGGAGACCUUCUUCACCCAGGAGAACGGGGGGAGGCGGGGUCACCCCCGGGUGAUGAUGGUGCUGAUUGACGGCUGGCCGUCUGACGACCUGGAGCAGGCGGCCAUGUUGGCCAGAGAGUCCGGCAUCAACGUGUUCCUGGUGUCUGUGGCCAAGCCGGCGCCCGAGGAGCUCACCAUGGUGCGAGACAAAGACUUCAUGAAGAAGGCCGUGUGUAAAGAUAACGGUUUCUUCAGUUAUAUGAUCCCCAGCUGGUUCAGCACCACCAAACAUGUCAAACCUCUCAGUCAGAGACUCUGCUCGCUGGACAGUCUGCUGUGCAGUAAAACCUGCUAUAACUCAGUCAACAUCGGGUUCCUCAUCGACGGUUCGUCCAGCGUCGGCGAGGGAAACUUCCAGCUGGUUCUGGAGUUCCUGGCAGGAAUCGCCAGAGGCUUCGACAUCUCAGACGUGGGAUCUCACAUUGGUGCGGUGCAGUUCACCUACGACCAGAGGCUGGAGUUCGGUCUGUCCGAAUACUCCAACAAAGAGGAUGUCGUCACUGCUUUGAAGAGGAUCCCCUACAUGAGCGGAGGAACAGCCACCGGAGGCGCAAUCAGCUACACCACCCAGAACCUGUUCAGGCGGACAGGACCGGGCCGCAACUUCCUCGUCGUGGUGACAGACGGCCAAUCAUAUGAUGAUGUCAGAGGCCCGGCGAUGGCUGCACAGAAACAAGGCAUCACCAUCUACUCGGUGGGCGUGGCCUGGGCACCGAUGGAUGACCUCAGAUCUAUGUCAUCAGAGCCAAAGGACAACCACACCUUCUUCACCAGAGAGUUCACUGGCCUUGCCGAGUUAAUCCCGCAGCUGGUCCGAGGCAUCUGCCGAGAUUUCACCGAGAACAACUGAGAACACAAACACACACAAGUUUGUACUUCUACACUUGUGAGGACCCUUGUUGAUAUUACCUGGCCUCUAACUUUAACCUCCCUAUAAAACAAAGUCUGAACCCUCAAACACUCAGAAGAUGUGAGGACUGGACUAAUUAUCCUGACUUUGAAGGUAGAGAAACAGGUCCUCACAGUAACAGAAGUAUGAGUUUGUACAGAUAUACAUGUGAGAAGCCUCACUGACAUAAUACAAACCAAGUCUUAACCCUUAAACAACCUUAUGAAAAUGUUAGGACCAGACAAAAUGUCCUCACUUUCCAAAAAGUCCUCAGUUUGCAGGUAAAACAACAGGUCCUCACAUAGUAGUGGAAGAGAACACACUCUGUAUAUAUACUGUACACAUGUACCCACCGAUACAUACACAUGAAAACACAUGUACAUAAAAGUCAAACAACAUAGAAAGUCACACAUAUACACCACAAACCAUUUUUUCUAUUUAAUGAGGGAGAUGUUGGGAAAUCACCAUACAACCAAUCAUCAUCAGCAUAGAACAGUAAAAAUAAAAUCGCUCACUCUUCACUGUGCAGUCCACUGACAGUGUGUCUGAUUCUGUUAUCAGAUUUAUUACAGCUUAUAUCAUUACAGUAUGACGUACUAGAUACCUAAAGUGCAAAAACUAGGUUACAGCUUGUAAAAACAUUGCUAACAUCACGUUAGCCAGCGAAAUAGAUUUUUACUAAUGCUAACUCUGCUACCUUGGAUUGUUUUGUUAAUCUUGGAUCACAUUAUCUUGCAUAACAGCACGCUCUUUUUUUUUAAUUAAGGGGAUCACAAUCAGUUUUCAUGUAAUUGGCUGAAGCAGAGAAGCUAAUUUAUAUGAAAUAGAUGCUUAAUAAUUAUGGAAAAAAAAACUCUGCUCUAAAUGAGUGUUAAAUUUCUAUUAAUCGGAGUCAAGUACAGAAGCACAUUUCAUUCACCAAACAAACAAAAAAACCUGGAGACAUUUUCUUGUAAUUAUGAAAUAAAGAUACUGUAAUUAUAAGAUAGUUUUCUUGUAUUUAUGCAACCACUCUAUCAUAAUUAUAAGAAAACAAUUUUAUAAUUGUUAAUAUUUAUGAGAUUCUUGACUUCAUCACAAUUACGCAAGCCAUAUCUUGUAAAUAUGAAAUGAUUUGAGAGAUAUUGUAAUUACAAAAUCAGUAAUUUUCUCAGAAUUCUAUCCUUAUCUCAUAAUUAGACAUCUUGCAUCUCAUAAAUAUGAAAUAAAGAUAUUAUAAUUGUAUUUAAAUUAUAAGUUAGUUUGAUAAGGCUUUA